AGAGGUCCAUUUAGGUUGUCACUUAAAGCUUUUGAAGCGGUAUCUCGCGGAUCCGGGGCGUUGGAACGAAAAUGAUACUGGUCCCGUGAAAAUCGCGACCCGGGGACAGUUCCGUUUUGCUCCGUUGUCUCCGCAGACAGUGCGUUGAUAAAAACAACGCUGACAUGAGUCAGUUGUUGCAGAAGCGUAAUUCCGAGCGGGAAUAAUGGUGCGUUAGAUAAGUGUCAGUCGCAUGAAAUAUCGUUCCCGGGAGAAAUGGAAGAUGAACAGCCGGCGAGGGAGGCGAGCAAAAUAUGCGGUGUGUGUGGCGAUCGCGCGCUCGGCUACAAUUUCAACGCGGUGUCGUGCGAAAGCUGCAAGGCUUUCUUUCGACGGAAUGCUUUGAAAAACAAGGAUUUUAGGUGUCCUUUCACCGAGAAUUGUAACAUCACACCAGUCACCAGACGUUUCUGUCAAAAAUGUCGUUUAGACAAGUGCUUCAGUAUAGGAAUGAGGAAAGAACAUAUUAUGUCUGAAGAGGACAAGGUACUGAAGAGACAAAAGAUAGAACAGAAUCGUGCAAAAAAAAGGCCAACACUGGACGUUUCAAAGCCAUCAAAAGUUAAGAAAGGUUCCAUAGAUGAUUGCAACUUUGAUGACACUUCUAUGUCUGUUAAUUCAGUUGCAUCAACUACAUCAGAUACAUGCUUUUGGGAGUCUGAUAGGAAGUAUAUAGACUUAGAUGCAAAUAGACAAAACGUAACAGAAAGCUUCAGCCCAGUGACAGCUGCAAGUGUUCCAAGUCCUUCUAGUCCACCAGAAAAUGGAGCUAUAAGUGGGUCCAAGACAUUAGAUAUGAUGAAAGACUCUUCCCACAAUUCAAAUUCCAAUUUUGAAAGUUACGAUCAUGCUUCACCACCACAUGAAGAGAGUGAAACUGAUGUAGAAAGAAUAGGAAUUGAUUCAAAUUCUCCCCUACAAAAUCAAGAAAGGUUUGACAAAGUUAAACCUCUCUCUCAUAGUUUAGAAAAGGACAAAAAGUCAGCAAUAAGUUCCAGGAAAUUUGAGCAAAAUAUGUUAGACUUAAAUUCUGAGUUUACUUCUGCCAACAAUGAUUCUUUGAAAUAUUCUCCUGAAUUUGAUAAUGCAUCUUGUUACAAUAAGUUUGAUUGUAGUCCUGUACAAAACUCCCAGUUUAUUAAUCACACAUCACACUAUAAGAAAACAAAUAUGGAUGUGAACUCAGGAAUCCAUAUGGGUAUACAGAUUUGUUCAGAGGAACCAGCAGCUAGUCAGAAACAGAGCAAGGAAAUACCUCCAAGAGAGGAUAAUUUAGUCAACAGUAAGCUCACCGAAGAUUCCACUAGGAUCACAAAGCUUGUUAAUAAUUCGAAUUUUAUUACGAAAGUAUUCCAAAACGAGGAAUUACUUUUAAAGAUCAUGACAGAUCCUGUUGUUAUUAGUAAAUUAGAGGCAGAUCCUCAAAUGUCGCAAUUUUUCAAAGAAAACGGAGUCACUGCGGAGAAAGAGGUAACAUCCGAAAAGGAUGUAAAUGUACCUUUUAAAGAUGAUGGAAAAUUUAUUAAUAAUUCGAAUCGCCUGUUUAAAUCGACAUUCAAAGUUAAACAGAAACAAGUAGAGAAUCCAAUUUUGACCGAUUUAAUAACGAACUCCUGUCAGGAAGAAUGCGUAAAACAACGCAAUGAACCGAGUAGUAGUAACGAUUGGAAUAGAAGUAUAUCAGAUGUAACAACAGAUGUACUUCAAGAUGUACAAAGAGUACCAAUUGCUGCAAAUUCCAUUGAGUCUAUUCUUUGUGAGGCAAUUAAAUUAGAGUUUUCAGCAUAUUCUGCUCUUGGUGGUAUGGAGACCAGAAGGGUAUUGAAUGAUGCUGAAAGAGCAAAGUUAAAUGAAUUAAUAGUAGCUAACAAAGCAUUAUUAGCUCCUUUAGAUGAGGAUAUAACAAAUUUAAUAGGAGAAGAUUGUAAAUUUAAGAAUAAUUUCAGUCGAUCAGACCCGGCGCUGUUAGAUGUUAUAAAUCUUACUGCCAUUGCCAUAAGACGUUUAAUUAAAAUGGCGAAAAAGAUAAAUGCCUUCAAGAAUAUGUGUCAAGAGGAUCAGAUAGCUCUUUUAAAAGGAGGCUGCACGGAAAUGAUGAUUUUAAGAUCAGCGCUCAAUUACGACGUCGAGAAGGAUAUGUGGUGGAUACCACAUAGUCAGGAGAGUAUGUCCAAUAUAAAAGUGGACGUUUUAAAGGAAGUGAAAGGAAAUCUUUAUGCAGAACAUACAAGAUUUAUUAGGAGUUUCGAUCCCAGAUGGAGGGAUGAGAAUAUUAUUUUAAUUUUAAGUGCAAUUGCUCUGUUCACACCGGACAGGCCGAAAGUGGUGCAUAACGAUGUGAUUAAAUUGGAGCAAAAUUCUUAUUAUUACUUGCUCAGACGUUAUCUGGAAAGUGUGUACCCUGGAUGUGAAGCCAAAUCCAUGUUUUUGAAAUUAAUUCAAAAGAUUUCUGAUCUUCAUAGAUUAAACAAUGAAGUGGUUGGAGUUUAUCUUAAUUUAAAUCCAUCGAGGGUAGAACCACUACUUAUAGAGAUAUUUGACUUGAAACAUUGAUCGAACGUGUUCGUAGCGAGACGAAGGAUAAAUACAAAACGUUUCCGAUUAGUAUUCGAAUAGCGAAAGUAUAGAACUUCGUCACAAGUUCGCGUCAAUGAUCGCAUGUUUAUAUUAUAAAUAAUGUAUAGCAAUAAUAUUUUAAAUCUUUAAAAAAAUUCAUGAAUUAUAUGAAAGUAGAAUUCUGAAUUGGGA